CACGUGUAAGCAACGCGGAAUUUUGUUUCUGUUUGCUUCCUGGCAAAACACACUGUUGCCAUGGGCAGGAUCCACCCGCUACUCCAGAAAUAGUUACAGUUCUUUCAACAGAGAGUGAACGGAUCUGUUAUAACGAUACUAAACGUAGACAAGAGCUGUUGCUACGUUCAUUGCUGCUACUCGCAAUUUUGUUAUGCGGAGAUGAAUUAUGUAUUUACGUUACGAACUUAAGAUGUGUCUACCCCGCAGGUGCGAAGAUGAAACGAACAUGAUCAGCACCGAUGGCCGCUCCAUCAAGUGCGAGGAGACCCGGGACACCGGGAGGAGGAGGCGGCGAGCGCCAGAAAUGCUGCACCUCACGUUCGCUGUCUCCGUGUGGCUGGUGACUGGCACCACCAUAUCCAGCCUGAACAAAUGGAUAUUUGCCGUGUAUAAUUUCAGAUACCCGCUGCUUCUGUCAGCCCUUCACAUGCUGACAGCAAUAGUGGUCGACUACGGACUCAUCAAAUGGAGGGUUAUCCGGCUCAAAGGGAUCGGUGAGCAGGAUUUGACCACCAGCGCCAAAUGCAAAGUAUUCCUGUUGAGUUUGACAUUCUGUGCCAGUAUAGCGUUUGGAAACGUAGGACUCAGUUACGUCCAGAUUUCAUUCGCGCAGAUGAUCUACACUACAACGCCGUUGUUUACACUGGCAAUUUCCACGCUGAUACUCGGAAAGCAACACCAUUUCCUGAAGUACACCGCGAUGAUGCCCAUCUGUCUCGGGGCAUCGUUCAGCAUCAUGGGCGAGGUCCAGUUCGACCAGACAGGCUGCCUGUUUGUGUUCGCCGCCACGAUGUUACGAGGUGUAAAAACCAUUCAACAAAGCAUCUUGCUCCAGGAGGAGAAGAUCAACUCUGUCUUCCUACUGUACCUGAUGUCCAUCCCCAGUUUCUGCAUCCUGGCCAUAGCCGCGCUGGCUCUAGAGAACUGGGCAGCACUCCAGUCUCCUUUCCAGUAUGACCACCACCUCUGGGGUUUCAUCCUGCUCAGUUGCCUGGGCUCAGUGCUUUACAACCUGGCCAGCUGCUGUGUCAUCACCCUUACCUCCGCUGUCACAUUGCACAUCCUGGGCAAUCUGAAUGUGGUGGGCAACCUGCUGCUCUCCCAGCUGCUGUUUGGGAGUGAACUAUCAGCUCUCAGCUGUGCUGGAGCUGCCCUAAUUCUCUCUGGCAUGAUCAUCUACCAGAACUCAGAGUACAUUGUUGCUUACCUUGAUGCACGUAGAGCCCAGGCACCGUCCGAAGCCAGUGAUCAGAGAGAGGAAGGGGUAUGUGCCAAGGAGACUGAAUCAAGCAUAUCAACGCCAACUUCAGAAUCAACUACAGAACCUGAUUCAAAACCAGUUCUGGAGCCUUGUUCAGAACCAUCUCUAGAAUUACCUGCAGAACCAGCUCAAGAACCUAUUGAAAGGACAGAGAAUCAGACCCAUGAGAAAACAGACUGAAGACCCUCAAAAGAGAUGGAUUUUGGGGAUGUGUUCCAAAACCAAGGGAGCUGCCUUGUUGUCUACGGCCUACAGAGGUAGCUACCUUCUAAGGCAGCAUCUUAACUGAGAUGGGACCUCAUUAGUGACCAAUCUGGAGCAUUCUAGGAAGGCAACAACUCUGUGUGUCAUCCAAAUAUCGCUCCUCACAUUAAGUGCACAGGAAACUCAAUGCACAAUCGAUUUCAGUAGAGUUUGCCUUAAGCAUGUUGCUAAGCUAACAGCGUGAUUAUUCUAAUAAGUAUAAAAUACAUAACACACACAAAUAUUGGGUAAAAUUGGCCAUUUUCUAAAUAGAUUUGAAUUAUUUUUACCAAAACCCAUACCUAGACAUCAAUUAUUUAAAUAUUUAAUGAACUAAAAUUAUAUUUAUUUUCAAUAUUUAUCUCGAUUUUCAGUAGAGUUUGACGUUUAACAUGUUGCUAAGCUAACAACGCAUAAUACAAGAUGUUGAUUAGUGGUCGACCAAUAUGUGUUUUUAAAAGACAGAUUCCAGUAACUAGCAAUCAGAUUAGUCAAUUGUCGAUAAAUAAGAUGUCCACAAAAUUGUCUGAAAACUUAUUUUACACAAAACAGAAAAUGUGCAUUAUUGUGGAAAUAAUAAUCCACCACAUUGAGAAAAAAGGUGCUUUGGUAAGUUAUAAUUAUGAGAUACUAAGUCAUAUUAAUAAGAUAAAUAGAUUUCUUUAUUCAAAGUCAGAAUUUGGAGAUAAAAAUGUUGAAUGUAAAUAUACUUUUAAUUUAUUCAACACUUCUAGUAUUGAUAUUUACGUAUGAGCAAUGAUAAAAAAAAAAAUAGUUAAAUUCUAUUUAAACAUGGCCUAUUGUACUGAAUAUAUGUGUGUGUUAUGUAUCCUUAUGAUUAUUAGAAUAUUGCUUUGUUAGCUUAGCAACAUGCUAACGACAAAAACUACUGAAAUCAAUUGUGAGUCAAGUCUCCUUUGCACUCUACGUGAGGAGUGAGUUCCUGCCUAUACUGAUUGCUACAAAUCUCGCAAAAUAUACUCUAGUCUGUACAAUUUGGCCAAAAGAUGGUAUCUUAGAAGGCAGCAUAAUCAUGAUAUUAGACAUGAGCGGACCUAUGAUGCCCUAAAGUGCUGACUAGUUAGGCAGCUCACUAUGUUUUGGAACAGAAUGUGGAUCUUGCACAGGAAGACUGAGCAGCAAGUCCUUUGAGGAAGUCUCAUUUGAAUUAAGCCAGAGAGGUGCUAGCUGGUUAAGAUAGAGACAAUGAUGGUACUGGAGGUUUGGUUUUCUCAGUACCUCCUCACUGUGCUAAUGUAUUUAAUUUCAGUCAUCCCUCCAAUGGAGAGCCACCAAUCUACAAAGUUAUGAAAAUGACAGACAUAACAGAUGCCUUUUUUUUAAUGGAUGUGACAGUUUGUUAGGGUUUUAUUGCCUCUGUUUUGCCAACACAUAGUUUUAGCGCAUUAAAAACUCCUGCAUGAGCACAGAGAAGAUCUCCAGUAUCCUGCCGUCAUCACACUGACUGUAUGUACUGCACUGUGAAAAACAACUGUUCUAAUCACUCUGGGCCCCCUUAAAACAGACAUCGUAGCUGUUACUGGACUUGCUGCAUGUUUUGAAUACAAAAGAUGGGCACAAAUUUAAUAUAUAUAUUUUUAGGUACUGUUACACAGCCGCUAUGAUUUGAUGUUAUGGCAGGGCAUUUUUAAGGCAGCUUAUUGUAGGAUGCCAUGUUUGUUUGAACAAGGAUCCUGUGAUUGUUACGGCACUACCACUUUUUGUCUAGGUUACGUUUACAUAAUGGAGACGAGCGAGACCAGUCCAUCCUCAAUUCAGUGCUGUUGUAUUUGUCUUUGAUACAAAGGUAUAUUUUUUUUCUCAGAAACAUAGAUACCUUACAGUUUGAAUAAUACAUCAUUUGUUUCACAUUACAGUUAUGAAAAUUCUAUUUUUUUGAGACUUGAGAUUGAUGAGAUUCACUCCAAAUCACACCCCCUCAUUUCCAAUACUGUAUGCUGCAUUACAGUACUGAGAAAAAUGUUUCUUUUUUUUUUUUGCAUUAGGUUACUGAGAAUUAGAAGAGGAAUGGGGUGCUUAAUUGUGAUGUCACAAUGCAAACACCAUUUUUAUUUAUGUACUUCUUUAUGUAUUUAUUUUUUGCAAAUAAUGUUGUUUUUUUGCCUUUUAAUUUUAAGGUGACAUAUGACCCAGACAUAUUUUUGACAGGCUUCAUGAGAUUCACAUGCGAUUCAUCCAGAUUCAUCAUCACAUUGGCUGUUUCUUAAAUCAUGUUAUGAAUGUAACCAUGUCCCACCAGAGGCAGACAGGUUUAAACUGGUCUUUCUUAUAUAAUUCCCAGUGCAGAUAAUUAUUAAUUGGUCUCUCUAAGGAGUCUCCUACAUCUUUAGCACACUAUGAUCUCUUUGGAGAACUCAAAAUGUUAUUCUCGCUCACAUUGUCCUCUUUAAAGAUGUCACUAAAAAACCUCCUUGGUCUCACUCGUCUCCUGUAAGUGGGUGCUCAUCCUUUCUCAUUGGUUUCUUUAUUUAUUGUUUUGCUUUUCAUCUGAUGCCUGCUGGACAGUAUUAUUUUCCCUCCAUUCUGAAUUGUGUAUCUUUGAUGCUGUUGAAGGAAAUGAACACUAACAGAGGUUAUAGACCAAGGUACAAAGGAAGGUCAUUCCCUCAAAGAGUUUUUGUUGCCAUCUGCUGGAUAGAAUGCAAAUAUGCUUUUUUUUUUUUUCAUGAGUUGAAGUGCAUUGGAUAAAAAAAUCUAUAUAUAUUAUAGGAAUUUAGCUGGUUUCCCAACUUGAUGGGAAUUCAUUAGCAGGGUUCAAUAUAUUUUAGAUACAUGUUCUCAUAAAGAUGACUAGUAUGAAUAAGUUGGUAUUUUCCAUCCAUAUGUGGGUACUUUAAAAUGACUAACUGGAAUUGUGUUUGUAACAGGAUGUUAUCCAGCUUCAGUGUGGAUGUGAAUGUAUAACACCGGAUAACAAAAGUGUAGGCAGUCUUAUGGAGCCUACGCUAAACUUAAGUGUGCCUAACUGAGAGGCUCUGUUUUAACAAACACCAGCCUUUCACACUUUAUUUAUUAGAAGGUCUCAACUGUCUGUUCACGUUUCACUAUUUUCACACAUAUCAUUUCUACUGAACAGCAUAAUGGAAAAAGGCAUUAUACAAGAUGUCGAUUAGUGGUCAACCGAAAUGGGUUUUCCAAUGGCCAGUAUCUAGAGAUCAGAGUAGUCAAUGGUCGAUAUAUAAGACGUUUAUUUAUAAACAGAAAAUGUGCAUUAUCCAUUGACAAGGUCGGUAGAAGGGGGAGCUAGCACUUCUAUGCAUUGGUUUUCGUCCGAUUAGUCAGCCUGGGUGAUAUGAUAUGAUAUCGGUCUAUUACUAAUCACGAUACAGCAUAUUUACAUUAUGUUUGUUCCAGUCCUUUAUCACAAGCACAGUGGUUAUCUUACUGUUUGUUACAAACACAAUGAAAGCAACGAUUGCAGUCUCUAAUUCUUACUACUCAUCACCUUCAAAGAUGAGGUGAGGGUAUGUCACUUAAAUACCUCAGAUAUUCUUGCUUAAUCCUGUGAUGAAGUUUGUUUACUUAAAAGAACGUUUUAACAGUGUGUUGAGUAAUGGUUUUAGUUCUGAGAUCUGUUAACAGAAAGACAUUUAAUGAUACUGACGGUUUUGAUGUGUCUUAUGGUUGCAGUGCAAAAUUGCACCGAAAAUUUGCAUAAUUGUAUGGCUUUUGUGUAUAUAUGGUUUAUAAUGUCAGCAAAAUAUCAGAUGUAAAUGCUUAUUUUAUUAUAUUAAUGUAUUUUACAAUCAUGGAAAUCUAGACAAAUAUACCGGUU